AUGGCCAAGCCCCACCGAGAUGGCGCGGGGGGGGGCGGACACUCUACCAGCGGCAGCCCCCCCGCGGGGACUCUACCAGCGGAGGCUACGCCCCCGGGGGCCCCCGCGGGCGAACUACGCACCACGGACAACGGUUUGGUUGGAACCACGGACAAUGGUUUGGUUAGGGUGAGCGGCCAAUGGACGAGCGGGCAGAACACAAAAGAUGAAGGCCCAUGGGCGAGUGGCCAAAAAGAAGAAGUCCUGUGGGCGGGGGGCCCGUGGCCGGGAGGCCAAAAAUUUUAUCAAACCAUUUUUAGGAAGAUAUGCGAUCCUCAUCUAACAGCCUUCGAGCCGGAAGCGAUGGGAAAUCUAGUCGAGGGUAUGGACUUUCACAAAUUCUACUUCGACAACGUCUUGGGCAAAAAUUGCAAAGCGGUGAAUACAACAAUACUAAAUCCGCACGUACAUUUGUUGGGAGAAGACGCUGCCUGUAUCGCUUACGUGGGGUUAACUCAGUAUAUGGACAAGCACGGCCAGGCACACACCCAUCAGUCGGCAGAGAGCAGGGUGUGGCAUAAGCGAGACAACAAGUGGCAAAACGUCCACUUCCACCGCAGCGGCGGUAACGGAGGCGCCGCGUUCGGAUUUAGUUCACACAAAUAG